AUGACACCACCCACUCCGGCUAAGCGACUCCACAGUGACUAUCCGCUGAAUCCCAGCGGAGUCGGGCUCUCGUCCAGAGCCCCUGCAUUGGACCCAGAAUUGCAGGUACAGCUCGCAAAUGUAGGCAUGCGGGCCCGCAAGGCUGUUAGUGAAGGCUACUUGACCCAGGGCUUCCUUCCAUCGUACCAGGGUGAUGUAGUCGGUCCUUUAGACCGAGCCAGUAUUCAGCAGCAGUUCGACAUCAGCCAAUCUCGACCCAAGACAGAACUCGAGCAGCGAGUUGCUGCCAGAAACGCGAGUACGAAGGCCCAGAAGCGCUCGCGUGACGAAGCGGAAGAAGACGACGCCUACGGAACAGACGUCGAUGAACCAUUGCCUGAAAAGCCGACCAGCAUGUCCAGUGUUCAGGCCUACUUUGUUCCGGCGGCCUUCAAGUCGCAUUCACAGAACGACACAGAUUUCGGAGAGGCCGACUUCUUGCAGCCCCGUGAAUCUUUCAGUUAG